ACAGAGCCCCACCCACCGUUAAAUCAAUUAUUCUGGGAACCAAACCUCAAAAAAAAGGAAGAAAGAGAGUCCCCCACACACACUCCAUCUCCAUUCCUUCACCGAAGAAAUUUCCUCUCUCAAACCCUAGUUCGAUUCGAUUUCACCCCCUUCUUCACUUGCAAACCGAUCGUAGCGAGAUCGGUCGAAUUUAUCCGAUUGAUUAUCUGUAUUGUAACACAGGGUGAAUUAAUUUUGGAAACAAACGAAGAUGGUGUCGGCGAAUAGGGAGAUGGUGGUGUACUGCUUCGACACACUGGUGGCCAACUACAAUGGCGAGGGAGCUCCUCCUCCCGCUUUCGACGAGGGUCAGCAACAAAGGUUCUGUCCAUAGAUUUAACAUGCUGUGGAAAAUGCCCCAACAUAUUGGAGAAUAUAUUACUACGAAUGCCUGGGGUUGAUUCUGUAUCUAUCGACACAGAAAAGGGACUAGUAUUCGUGACAGGGAAAAUCGACCCAACGACAUUGUUAGACAGAGUUUCCAAUCUAGGAAAGGAAGUCCGACUCUUGCCAAACAACCAAGAUACGGAGGAAAAAAUACACGAGCACACAACAAGACAAGGCAGAGACAAGAAGUAUUCAACUUCUCGAGAAAAGGGACAAAAAUCCCACAAAAACUGCUGCUGCCAGGACGGGCGCCAUUAUCAGAAGAAAGAGGAGAAUAAGAAGGAAGAAGAAGCGCAUAAAUGCGAAGCUUACGUGGCCCCAAAUAUUGACCCGCGGGUGUGCAGAGAUUUUUACUGCAAAAUACACCCUAAAAUGCGUAAAAUAAUCGAUAGGGUACCUGCGGACAGUUCUUCAUGGUUUGGGGGUUUACCAUUCCAUAGUGGCUAUGGUCCUUAUGGGGCGGAAUCGUACAUUUACCCAGGGUAUUACGGGGAGGAGCCGCCCCGAUAUGGGUACCCCCGCCCACACCCACCGCCAAGUAUGCUUCAACACCCCUUCGGUUUUCAUUAGAGAAGCACAACUAUGAAACAAUAAGACUAUACUUCUUUUUCUUGCAUAUAAUUGUAUUCUAUUUGUCCCAUGGAUUUUUCAUGAUAGGGUACAACAAUUUGUUAUUUGACUUUUCAAUUUUUUGAACCUUAGUUUGUUUCCAUCUGAUCGGGCCAAUUUUAUUAUCUUGAGAAUUUCAAAUGUGAUUUCUAUUGACAAAAAACACAAGGAGAAAAGAAGACAUGAUUCCGAUUGACAAAAAACCUAGUUAAGGAAUAUUAUUAUGCCUAUGUGGCAUCACCAUGUGUAAUUGCUGCUUUUCUCCGAUCCUGUAUAACUAUGUAUUCGUGUUAUUUGUU